ACAGGGCGGGGGGAGGGUGAAAGGCGGGGUGGGUCUCGUCGUCUGCUCUUAGCUAAUUGUCGCAACGUUAAUUAAUUCUAAUUAAAUUAGCCUGGGGGCAGGCGUGAGGCGCUUGUGAAAUGUGUGGGGUUUGGCCCGGUGGGUGACCAAGGACCUGAUAAUUGUGAAAAAUAAAAGGAAAAUGGCUUAAUAAAGCCUGCUGCCGCAGUAAUGGCAAAAAUAAAGGGGAAACGCCUCACGGAGCCCCUGUGCCGGCCCAGGCAGCCCCUGGGGGCCAAGGAAGGCCCCUGUCAGGCCGCACCCGCCCCUUCACGUUUGGUUUAAGCACCUUGCUUUGAGGAGCCUCCCUGCUAAUGGUGGACUCGCACUACUGCCCCAGCUGCCUGGAAAACAUGCCCUCGGCCGAAGCCAAGCUGAAAAAGAAUAGGUGCGCCAACUGCUUUGACUGCCCCUGCUGCAUGCACACCCUUUCUACCCGGGCCACCAGUAUUCCUGCUCCGCUCCCCGAUGACCCAGCCAAAACUACAAUGAAGAAAGCGUAUUACCUGGCCUGUGGGUUUUGCCGCUGGACUUCCCGGGAUGUGGGCAUGGCAGAUAAGUCUGUUGCUAGUGGUGGCUGGCAGGAACCGGAGAAUCCCCACACGCAGAGGAUUAACAAGCUGGUGGAGUACUACCAGCAGCUGGCUCAGAAGGAGAAGAUCGAGCGGGACCGCAAGAAGCUGGUGCGACGCCGAAACUACAUGCCGCUGGCCUUCUCGGACAAAUACGGCCUGGGAACCAGGCUUCAACGCCAGAGGCCCGGCGCCCCGAUCAGCGCUCUCGCUGGACUCUCUCUGAAAGAAGGAGAAGACCAAAAGGAGAUCAAGAUUGAGCCAGCUGAUGCAGUGGAAGAAGUGGAACCUCUUCCUGAGGAUUACUACACCAGACCAAUCAAUCUGACGGAGGUGACGACCCUGCAUCAGCGUUUGCUGCAGCCCGAUUUCCAGCCGAUCUGUGCUUCCCAGCUCUACCCACGUCACAAGCAUCUCCUGAUCAAACGUUCGCUGCGCUGUCGGAAAUGUGAGCAUAACCUGAGCAAACCAGAGUUCAAUCCAACAUCUAUCAAAUUCAAGAUCCAGCUGGUUGCUGUCAACUAUAUCCCUGAAGUGAGAAUCAUGUCCAUUCCCAACCUGCGCUACAUGAAGGAAAGCCAAGUUCUUCUGACUUUGACCAAUCCGGUGGAGAACAUCACGCACGUCACCCUGCUGGAGUGUGAGGAGGGAGACCCUGACAACAUCAACAGCACUGCCAAGGUGGCAGUUCCUCCCAAGGAGCUUAUUCUGGCUGGCAAAGAUGCUGCAGCAGAGUAUGAUGAGCUGGCAGAGCCUCAAGACUUCCAGGAUGACCCUGACAUUAUUGCCUUCAGAAAAGCCAACAAGGUAGGAGUUUUCAUCAAGGUCACCCCGCAGAAAGAGGAGGGCGAAGUGACCGUGAGCUUUAAGAUGAAGCACGAGUUUAAAAACCUUGCUGCUCCGAUCCGGCCCAGCGAGGAAGGCGAUCAGAUCUCCGAGGUCAUCUGGCUCACCCAUCACGUCGAGCUCAGCCUCGGUCCAGUGCUCCCGUAAAAGCUCCCGACUGGUGUCCCAGUGGCUGGCCGCAGGACGGACUGUCAGUGAACGAGUGCACCCUGGUGAAACCUUCCGGCAGCGCUCCUUUGUGACGAGGGGCUGUGCGCCGCGCGCCCCAGCCAGGCCGCGAGGAGGAGGCUGCGGGGUGGGGGUGCUGUGCGUCGGGAUGAUUUGUUCUCUUCUUAUCGUAGUGCCCACUAACUUACGCUCUGCUUCCCUACACUGCCACAGGCUAGUUUAACUCGCAGCACGUGUUUCAGCACACAGAAAGAGCUAGCUUUCUCCAGAUUCGCACUACUCCUGGCUGAAUUUGGCUUUGUUGACAAAGAAAAAGAACCCGUAUUGUUUUAUUCUUCGCGUCAGCCCACAAGCCUAGUGUUACGUACUUGAUAGUGAAUGUCUCACCUCACACAGAAUUGUGCCCUUCUCGAACAAACAUUUUAGGAGGUGGCAAGGUCUGCUGCGUUUUGGCGAGGCUGUUGCCAGCAGCAUGCUGCUUUCUUUUCUUUUUCCGCUUCCUAGUAGGAUACCUCAAGUAGCCGUGGAGCACUCGGACGUGAAGCCCUUCUGUUUUUGUGAAAAGACUCUGGCGUAUGUAGCUUCCUUAGCCAGGGUGAUACAGCUUUUCACAGAGGAGAUGAUCGGUUUGCCCUUAAAAUGUAGUAUACUGUAGUGUUCGUGGAUUUGAGUGGUGACCAACUGCGCUGUAAGCCCGUUGUGUUGCAAGCUGGGUGUGGUAGCAUGAUCGAUUAUUACAAGCUGGGAAAGCAGAUCCUGCUGCGUCUCUUUGCUGAGGCAGUAGCGGUCCUGAGAGGCUGCCUGGCGGUCGUGGUAUUAAUAGAUGUGUGUUAAAAGAGGUAGCAAGUGAAGAGUACUAAACGUGGACGGUUAAAGUUAGGUCCGGUGUACAAAAAGGAACCGCGGAGGUUGUCCAAGUUCGUGCUUUUGUCUUUUUCCAGUUGGGGGGGGGGGUUGUAAAGGAGGAAGGGCCAUUGUACUGUAACUAGCGCACACUGCACCGCUGGGAAAAGAUCAUUUGUCUGCGGCGGAACUUGGCUGCAGUCCCUGCUGCAAACAGUAAUUAAGAGCAGCGUAUCCAGGAUACCCAGCAGCAGCUGGCUGCAGCAGCGCAGUGCAGGUGGGUGAGAGCGCUCUUCCUCGGGAGCCUCCAGUUUCAGUCCCAGUUGAGGUGGUUACCUUCGCGACCCUUUUCUGAUGGGCUUUGACGUGGGGGGGGGGGGGGAAAGGGGGUGCCUGUCAGCCAGCUACAGCUUAGCUGCUCAAAAGGCGCUCGUGACGUGGCUCCGCCGGCCUGGAGUUUCACCUCCCCUGUGCGGGAGGGAGGGAUAACGCUGCCUCCCUCCCCUCGUGUUGAGGUUUGGGCGCAGCAGAGGGCUGGGUGCGCCUGGCCGCGUCCCCCCUAAAGCGAGAGCUCUGCCUCGGCGGGCAGCACGCCUUACAGCUAGGUCCUGCAACGCCCCUCGGAGCGGCGAGGCAUCCCCUUUACAACCCCGGCGUAGGUUACCCGCAGCCGUACAGCAUGCCUUUAACUGUGGUUUGUGUUUAUUAACGUGUAGCGCUAGCGUCCGCUGCUCUUCUGCCUUUCCACGGAGCGAAGCGCUCGAGCCGCGGCCGGGACUUCUCGGCUGUAGGCAGCCCAACCCCAACGCUACCCCCUCUGACUCCUGGAAACGGCCUCCUGGGGACGAGGUAGGGGCUGGGGGGAGCCCCCGAGCCCCAGGUCGCCUCCCCUGGGGGGGCCUGGGGAUGCCGCUGAGGUUGGCGGGGCCCCCCCCGGGGACGUCAGUGCCGCUCGGGGGCUCCCUGCCCCUCGGUCUAACCAAGGCGCCUUGUCCAGUCGUGGUUCUCGGAGCGCUUGGCCCAGCUCGGUGGGCCUGUGCCCGCCUGCAGGCGCUGGGAAGGGGCUCGCUGUGUCCGGCUGUCCGGCCUCUGUCCCUCCGUCCGGCCUCCGUCCGGCCCUGCUCCUGUGCGAGCUCUUACCCCGCGACGGGCGCCCCGUGCCCUGCUGCUUGACGUGGUGUGGUAAUAAAGCAAGCUGCCGCUCGGCCUCCUGUGGUUUCAGGGGCAA